AGGAGGAGACUGUAGAUGCUAACAGAUGCUAACAGGAGGAGACUGUAGAUGCUAACAGAUGCUAACAGGAGGAGACUGUAGAUGCUAACAGAUGCUAACAGGAGGAGACUGUAGAUGCUAACAGAUGCUAACAGGAGGAGACUGUAGAUGCUAACAGGUGCUAACAGGAGGAGACUGUAGAUGCUAACAGAUGCUAACAGGUGCUAACAGGUGCUAACAUGUGGGCUGCUCUCGGGCCGCUGAGACGCGGUUAUGUUCCUCUCUGUCCGGCCCGCUUCACCUCCCAGAGGACUCCUCCGGUGACACGAGCAGGAGGACAUUUUGAACCACUGGAGGGCGUCAGAGUUCUGGACUUAACGAGAGUUCUGGCCGGUCCCUUUGCCACCAUGAUCCUGGGAGAUCUGGGCGCCGAGGUGAUCAAAGUGGAGCGACCCGGUGCAGGUGAUGACACCAGAGCCUGGGGUCCUCCGUUUGUCGGAGCAGAGAGCUCCUACUUCCUCAGCGUCAACAGAAACAAGAAAAGCAUUUCUGUGGACCUGAAGCAUCCCAGAGGAGCCAGCGUCAUCCAGGAGCUUGCAGCAGUGUGUGACGUGCUGGUAGAGAACUACCUCCCAGAGAAGCUGCAUCAGAUGGGUUUAGGAUACGAGCAGCUGUGCAGAGUGAACCCUCAGCUGAUCUACUGCUCCAUAUCAGGCUACGGACAGACCGGUCCUCAGUCUCAGAGUCCAGGCUACGACUCCAUCGCCUCGGCUGUGUCGGGGAUGAUGCACAUCACCGGACCGGAGGGUGGUGAGCCGGUGCGUCCCGGUGUCGCCAUGACGGACCUGGCGACGGGGCUGUACGCACACGGAGCCAUCAUGGCCGCCCUGCUGCAGAGACACAAGACGGGGGGAGGAGUUCACAUCGACUGCAACCUGCUGUCCUCACAGGUUUCCUGUCUCAGCCAUAUUGCUGCUAACUAUCUGAACGCAGGGCAGGAGGCGAGGCGCUGGGGGACGGCCCAUCAGAGCAUCGUACCUUAUCAGGGCUUCACAACCAGAGACGGUCACAUCGUGGUGGCUGCAGGCAACGACAAACAGUUCGUCAACGUCUGUAAUGUUCUGCAGCUGAUGGAACUCACAGAGAAACCAGAAUACAAAACCAACAAGCUGAGAGUCCAAAACCGCAAACAACUGCUGCACACGCUGUCACAGAGGUUUCUGCAGGAGAAGACAGCUGAUUGGCUGAGGAGGUUUGAGGGCUCAGGUGUUCCUGUUGGACCAAUCAACAACAUCCAGGAAGUCUUCUCUGAUCCACAGGUGAAACACAACGGCCUCAUACAGGAGAUGAACCAUCCAACAGCAGGACGCAUCAGAGUACCUGGUCCAGCGGUCCGUUUCAGCAGCUUCACCCGCGAUGAGCCGACGCCCCCUCCUCUGAUUGGCCAGCACACCGUGCAGGUGCUCCGAGACACCUUGUCCUACAGUGAUGAUGUCAUCAAAACGCUGUUGGAGUCAAAGGCGGUGACACAGAAUGAAGUGUCCUGAUUGGCUGAGAGAGAGAGCAGACAAUAAGAACUAAUCACAGAAUCACGAGAACAAAAGGUCUAAUUAUUAUUAUUAUUAUUAUUAUUUUUAUUUUUAUUUUUAUU